CUGAAGAUGGGAUUGUGAGCAAGAAAGAGGCAAAUACCCACCAAGGCAUCCCUGGGCCAGCGGAGCCCGAGAGUUUACUCUCAGAACUCUCCAAGGAGAAGAGUUCCCAGAGUCCUGCUCAGGACCCAGUCCUCCCACGCAGGUCAGAGACGGUUCAGAGACCUCUGGGGAAGAGGCAAAGCCGAGUGAUGCUGCAUGGAAAAAGCUUCAGGAGGCUGCCAGAUAUUAUCCAGCAGCGAAAUCCUUCUGUGGGGAGACUGACCAUAUGUGGGGACUGUGGGAAGAGCUUCCGGGUGAGCUCCAACCUUGUCCAGCAUCGGAGAAUCCACACCGGAGAGAAACCCUUCACCUGCACCGAGUGUGGGGAGAGUUUCCGGCAGCGGUCACAUCUCAUCCAGCACCAGAGGAUCCACACAGGGGAGAGGCCCUACGAGUGCUCCGAGUGCGGAAAGAGCUUCAGCAUGAGCUCAAAGCUGAUCCGGCACCAGGUGACCCACACUGGAGAGAAGCCCUACAAGUGUGCUGAGUGUGGGAAGAGCUUCUCUGGGAACUCUCAGCUCGUCCAGCACCAGCGGGUCCACACCGGGGAGAAACCCUACGAGUGCAGUGACUGUGGGAAGAGCUUCAGUGUGAGCUCAGCCCUGACACGACACCACCGCGUCCACACCGGGGAGAAACCCUACCAGUGCACCGAGUGUGGGAAGAGCUUCAGCCAGAGCUCUGAGCUCAUGAAGCACCAGCGGGUCCACACCGGGGAGAAGCCGUACGAGUGCUCCGAGUGUGGGAAGAGCUUCACUGUGAGCUCAGCCCUGAUCCAACACCGGCGGUUCCACAUGGGCGAGCGCCCUU